UUGGCAUUGGUUGGGAAUCAUAAUAAUUGCUAACUGCCACGUGUUUCUUUUUCUCUCAAUUUUCUAGUUUUUGGGUAAAAUCCUAAGGGUACGUGGCCAUAUGUAGAUGGAUAUGAAUAUUUAGUUGGGAAAUUUUGCAUGUUAUUACAGUGUUUGAAUAUAUCUAUAUAUAUGUAUAUAUGUAAAGAGGGACCUCCAACGUAGAUCAAAGGCAUACGAGAUUGAAGAGGAGAUCAAGAGAAACAAAUUGCUAAUAUGGCUACUACUCCGGGAAUCCUUACUGACUGGCCAUGGAAGCACCUCGGAAGCUUUAAGUACGUGAUAUUGGCUCCUUGGGUCAUUAACGGCACACACUCCUUUCUGACAAAGGAUGAUCCACAAGACAGAGAUUUGUCUUAUUUCCUAAUCUUCCCACUUAUGCUAUGGAGAAUGAUUCACAACCAGAUUUGGAUAAGUCUUUCUCGUUACCGAACUGCCAAAGGCAAUAAUCGCAUUUUGGACAAGGGUCUUGAAUUCGACCAAGUUGACAGGGAGAGAAAUUGGGAUGACCAAAUACUGUUCAACGCAAUCAUAUUCUACUUGGGAAGCCAAUUAUUGCCGGGAGGCUCAAACCUACCAAUGUGGAAGACAGAUGGCGUAAUCUUAACCAUCCUUCUCCACGCAAGUGUUGUGGAGUUCCUUUACUAUUGGCUUCACAGAGCACUUCACCACCAUUUCCUCUACUCUCGCUAUCAUUCUCAUCAUCAUUCUUCCAUUGUGACUGAGCCCAUCACUUCUGUGAUUCAUCCAUUUGCAGAGCACAUUGCAUAUUUCACGCUUUUUGCAAUACCUCUGUAUACAACAGUGUUUACAAGAACUGCCUCCAUAUCAUCUUUUGCUGGAUACAUCACCUACAUUGACUUGAUGAACAAUAUGGGACACUGCAAUUUCGAGCUAAUUCCAAAAUGGCUCUUCUCUAUUUUUCCUCCUCUCAAGUACCUUAUGUAUACCCCCUCGUUCCAUUCUUUACAUCAUACUAAGUUCCGAACCAAUUAUUCUUUAUUUAUGCCACUCUACGAUUACAUCUAUGGCACGACGGAUAAAUCUUCUGAUUCUCUGUAUGAAUCAUCACUCAAGAGACGGGAAGAAUCGCCGGAUGUCGUGCAUCUUACGCAUUUGACGACACCGGAGUCGAUCUACCAUUUACGGCUUGGAUUCGCGGAUUUGUCCUCAAAACCCUAUGGCCCAAAAUGGUACUUCAAGUUGAUGAGGCCUGUUACAUUAUGGUCAAUGAUGUUAACUUGGAUCUAUGGCCGUACAUUUGUUGUUGAGAGGCAUCGUUUUGAUAAGCUCAGCUUACAAACUUGGGCUCUACCGAAAUAUAAGAUACAAUACUUGUUGCAAUGGCAAAAUGAAUCUAUCAACAGCUUGAUUGAGGAAGCCAUCCAUGAAGCAGAGGAGAAGGGUGCCAAAGUUUUAAGUCUAGGUCUCUUGAAUCAGAGUGACGAGCUGAAUGCAAAUGGCGGGCUUUAUAUUCAUAGAAAUCCUCAAUUAAAAGUGAAGAUUGUCAAUGGCAGUAGUCUUGCAGUGGCAAUAGUGCUGAACAACAUACCAAAAGGGACGACUCAAGUGCUGCUUAUUGGCAAACUUACUAAGGUUGCUUAUGCUAUUGCCUACGCCUUGUGCCACAAGGGUAUUCAGGUUGCUUCGUCGUCUGAGGAUGAGUUUGUAAAACUUAAAAAGUCACAGAAUGAUGAAGAUUCUAAGAGUAAUUUGGUUAUCUCAAAAUAUUAUUCUCGUCACCAGAUUUGGUUAGUGGGGGAUGGAUUGACUGAAGAAGAACAGUCAAAAGCUUCAAAAGGAACAAUAUUUGUUCCUUUCUCCCAAUUUCCUCCUAAGAAAUUGCGCAGAGACUGUUUUUACCACCACACGCCUGCAAUGCUAACUCCUAAAACUCUUGAGAAUAUUCAUGCUUGCGAGAAUUGGUUACCGAGAAGGGCGAUGAGUGCAUGGCGAGUAGCGGGAAUAGUUCAUGCCUUGGCUGGUUGGGAUGAGCACGAAUGCGGCUUUAACAUUACCAAUGUAUGCAACUUUGAGAAAGUCUGGGAAGCAAGUCUUCGUCAUGGGUUUCAGCCUCUCUCUUCCCAAACCAAGAAUUAAUUAGUUUCUCAAUACAUUGAGAUACAUAUAAAGAUUUAUGCGUGCUAUGUUUUAGUUUUGUUUUUUCGUAAUACAUAUUUGGUGCCAUAUUAGUAUUGUAAUAGCUACGCCUGGCUAGUUUCCUGAA